AUGGCGUUUUCGGAUCUACUGCUUUCGGACGCUCGCCACAUGCUAAAUCCACUUCCUAGCAUCGCGGAGCGCUCACAACAAUGCCUUGACGUCUUUGUCGAAUGUGCUCGAGACCACCAAGCACUAGGUGUAAGUCCACAUGUUUUCAAUGAUCGAAUCGAGUCUUUGGCCGCGUGGCGAACCUUCAUGGGCGUCGACAGACUCGAACAGAAGCUAGCUUGCCACCCACGAGCGCUAUUGAUUAUCCAUGCCAUAUUAGACAAGCUGUGCAUACAGCUUGAUGCAGUAACCACAAAAGCAAUGUAUGUCCAGAGGCAAGGCGCACGACCCGGACGAACAGAGACAUGCAAAAACAAGAGACGAGGAGACCGAAGCGACCAUAACCUGGUAAUGAAGACCACCGACGAACUCAUGAUACAAAUUGAAGACUCAGUAAAAUGCCUCAAUCGAAUCGGCUCUGAACUUGCGAUCUUCUGCCAGACGGUCAAGGCUCACGAAUUGAGUAACCUGUCGCGCUCGACAAGGGCAAAGACACGGAGCAUCAUCGGCCGUGUCCGCGCGGCUACAGAGCAGCAUAUUGACCAGAAGCUGCCUAAGGUAUCAAGAUCUCUUUAUAGCGCCCUUGUUGCCGCUAACGCUCGCCGCAUAGAGUACCUACUAUGCACCAAGGCUGCGCGGUCACUCUCUAAUGAUGAAAGCACACUAUUGAGGGCGAGGCAACUGGGCACGUACCUGGAGCCGUUGAUGUGCGUGUCGGACUUGUGUUGCGAUAGGCCUGAUGACGAGGUGCUCACAUUUGCAUCGACGGAGGAUUGGAUUGCACACAUGAGCAGCGCUGUGCAUAGGCCGCGGUGGGCCUGCUCACGGGGCCAUGAUGACGACGUGAAGCCUGUGUUUGAUGAUGUCGAGGCGUUCAAAAGGCAUAUGCGGAUGACACAUGGAACGAAGGAGGAGAAUAUGGAAUGCAGAGUUGAGAUGGCGUGGUUUGCGGGAGCAAGGGUUACGACAGUGGAGCGGCUGAUAACGGACUGCAUGUUUUGCGAUGAAUUUGCCGCGGACAAUGAAGGAGGUCCCUCAUGCGUGUUUGUAAAUGCAGCACUUGAGACCCACGUUCGAGAGCACUUAUUGGGGGUGGCUGACGUCUUGUGGCGCGAGGCUGGAGACGUCUUGCUGGGGUUAGGCGCCGACGACCAAGUGCCCACGUACGAGGACGACAUAAAAGCUACGGCGCCCACUGACUACAUAAAUCGCCGCGACCGUAAUAUCCUCCACUAUGCCUGUCUUCAUGGUAGCACCGAGCUUCUCUCGGCGCUUAUUCACGGGUGCGAUGUCAUAUACCCCCUCAUCCGCCAACCCGACGCGAAGGGUCAAACGGCGCUCCAUUACGCAGCGCGGCACAACUUAGUUGCCGGCAUUAGGGUGCUAAUGGAGGAGUCUGGGGAGCCGACAAGAUACUCAUCACGCAAUGGUCGAGAUGGUCCCGAUGCCUACAAGCCGCCACUGACUGCUGCCCAGCGGGCUGAGCGCCUUCGCUUGCUACAGAUGCGCGACGGCAAUGGCUUCUCGCCCUUUCUCGUGGCGGUGAUGCACGGACACUACGCCGCCGCGCGUGCCAUGCUUGUGGACUUCAACGUUCCGGUCGAUGCGGUCGAUGAGCACUUCGGCGCUUCGGCGCUGAUCUGGGCGGCCAGUCGCGGCGAUGUGUACUUGACGGAAUUGCUACUACAACACCGCGCUGACGUUAUGUUAUCGGCUAGUAACGGACUCGUUCCGCUCCACGAGGCGGCGGCACGGGGUCACGAUGCCGUUGUACGCAUACUCCUUAGGGAGAAUGACGCGGAUGUCGAUCGCAGAAGCUCGCGCGGGUUAACGGCGCUGCAUCUCGCAGCUGGGGCGGGCCACUUGGCCACCGUGAAACUGCUUCUACAGCACAAAGCCAGUGCCAACGCUGCUAGCAUCGACGGCGUCUCCCCCCUGCACUGUGCUGCCAAUGCUGGAGUGGACGCCAAUCGCGCCGGCGCGACCCUAGGCGACCACGUUGCCAUUGUGGAACUGCUUCUUCGGCAUAAUGCCUGUGCGACUGCUGCUACCACCGACGGUGUCUCUCCGUUGCAUUGCGCGGCCAACGCCGGUCACCCACAGAUCGUGAGUAGGCUCCUCCUAGAAAGCGCGGCGCCCACGCUCAUGGAGGCAACGACUUACCGAUGGACGCCGCUACACUUUGCUGCUACGGCAGGACAUACGCGUAUCGUAGAGCAGCUCUUAGCCGCUAAUCCUACCGUCGAUCUCUACGACGCCAACGGGUGCAUUAGUCGCACCCGUGUUUCGCAUCCCCACGCUACGCCGUUCCUCCUCCCCCAAGCGCCGAUGACGCCCCUCCAGGUCGCCGCCGCCGCUAACAACGUGUCGCUCGCCACAUUUCUUCUCGCCAGCACCUCAGCCGUGAACGAGACUACCUUCACCCGUCAGACAGCUUUCUAUUACGCCGCGCGUGCCGGACACACCGACAUGGUCGCCUUGCUUCUCAGCGCGCCUCAUAACGCUGAUAUCCACAUCCUUCCACCUGGAGUGCCCUCGUGGAAGCGCGUCGUCGCUUCCGACACGGCUAUUUUCAACCUGAUUCGCAAGGUAGGACCGAUUGGCAGCAACGCGGGCUUAAGGACGUCCCACAACAGGGCGUGGAAGAGAAAAGGUUCCUUGCGGAGUGAACUUGUCGGAAAUACAAGAAAGUUAGGAAUGAAUUUCGUAUGA